AUGAUGUCUGAUAUAACCACAAGUAAUCCAUGGCAGCAGUUAUCUGCUAAAGCGAAUAAAAUGAGCCUACCGACGAGAGCUACCGUAACUAGGGAUGGCGUAUACGGCCGAAAGAGACCGGACCCUGAAAUAAUAGAGCAUAUGCUCGAUGACUUGGAAAGCAAAAUGCGCAAUUACUUUUUACUCUAUAAUAGAGAGAGGGAAUUCAGGCAACAAGCGGAAAAGGAUGCCUACAGGUUGGAACAAGAAAUCGUAAAUUACCAGCAGAAGCUAGACGAAUCCAAUCAUAAACUACAUUGCUUAGAGAAUAAGAUCAAGUCAAUGAUCGAUCAACCGCUAAAAUUGAAGGAAACUAUAGAAAAAAUUGAUAUACUGUACACACAAAUGGACACUCUAGUUCAGGCCUUCGUGGGUAUAGGAAGUUGUGCAGUUAUACAGGGAUACAGCCGCGUUGCAUUCAUAAAGCUAUGCCUUGAAUAUCUAUUCCCAUGCAGGGAACUUGAUAUUAGACUGAAUACAUUGUAUAAUGCACUUUAUUCCGUACUGUUACAGUAUGAUGGUAUGGAAAUAACUGCCAAUGAAGUUAUGAAACCCAUUUCAAUGGAACAGAACAAUGCGGUUUUAAAGCCUCCACAACUUCAAGGAAUAGCAUUAAAGGUACAUAGGGUGAUGUUAAAGUGUGAUUUGCCAACACCUGAACCUACGUCUUAUGGUUGCUUGUUCAGGUAUGACAACGAACCAAAAAGCCUUAUAGAUACAAACAAGAGCCGUUUGGCUGUAACCAAUGUUAAGCCAUUGGACAAUGCUUCGAAAGUCUAUGAAUUCAAUUCUACAAUAGAGAUUGCUGCUCUUCCACCAAAGAUACCAAAUGUUAUUCCUAAACUUAUGGUUGACAUUUAUUCCGAUGGGAAUUUCAUAGGAACUGCUGAUGCAAAUAUCAUAAGCGAUAAAACAUUAAAACCAGGUGAGCCAUGGAAUAUUUUGGAUAGCAAUGGAGUAUACUGUGGUGAUGUUGUUGUUACUGUUUUGCCAAUUCCAUGUCAAGCCAGGUUACCGGCAACUAACUUCGCCAACAAGCAAGAUGAAUUAAUGAAGGUGGCUACUGAACAUACACAAAAGGAAACCCCUCGCACACAAGUAGUAAUUACGCCCAGAAAGGAAGAACCAAAAGAUGAGCCCAAAAAGAGUGAACCAGUAAAACAGUUUGAACCAAAAAAGAAUGCAAAUUUCAGAAAGCCCCUAUUAUUCAACGGUAAAGCAACAGUAGCCAAACCUGCGCCUCCACCAAAAAAAGAACAGGACCCAGCUAGUCCAAAACCCUCAAAUUCGAUGGUGACUAAGUUGGCUAAGAUGUUUGGGAAGAAAAUGCCUGAGGAGGCGGAACAAAAUGUCGAAGCCAAAAUUUCCAAGGAAGAAGUUAAAGCUGAUCCCCCUGCUCCAGUUGAAGAAUCUCAUGCUACAAUAGAGGAAAAUAAGAAACCACAAGAUGAACCAAGCGAAGCUGUGGACAAUUCUGAAGAUAAACCAAGUGAACAAGAGAAUGUAGUUAUACCAAGGAAUAGCAUCAAGGAUAUGAUUAUUAAAAAACUAACGAGAAAGUUCACAGCAAGAGAAAAAACAGAGGAACCUGUACUUCCCAAAGAGAAUGCUGAGGAACCCAAGGAAGAACCAAAGGCAAAGGCUUUACCCGCGGUACCUAAGGUCCCGAAGCCAUUAUUAGCGCCUCCAAAACCAAAAGAUCAACCCGCCGUUCCCAAAACAAAGGCUCCAGAAGUUAAGAAGGCUCCAUCGCAACCAAUGAUCCCAGCGCCUAAAGUAAUUCCAAAGGCCCAGGUAGAAGUCUCACCUCCUAAGGUUGACGCACCUGUUUCGGCAAAAUUACCUACUAAACCACUGGUACCAAUUGUUAUUGCACCCAAAUUGUUGAAAAAACCAUCACCACCCAAGAAACUUUAA